AUGGAUAAUUAAUAGUUGAUGAAUAAAAAAUGGCUAAAGAUUUCGAGAGAAGAAAAAUUUGAAGAUUUUUAUGAACUUGAUAAGAAGGUAGAGUAUUCAAAUUUAAACUUAGGAAGUGAGUUCGGGAUCUCAUGGAUAGGUUUAUAGGACAAAACACAAAGUUUUAGGAUAUGAAAGGGCUUUAAAGAUCAUUCCAAAAAAUUUUAUUAUUGACACAGAUAAUUUCAAGAAAUCUAUUGAACAACUACAAAAUUUUGUAAUAAAUUUUAGAUUUAAUGUAGGAUCAUCCUAAUGUAAUAAAAUUAUUUGAAAGUUUUGAAGAUACCAAGAAUAUCUAUUUAGUUAUGGAGUAAAAAUAUAUCAUUUAUUAUUAUUUAGACUAUGUACUGGAGGAGGAUUGUUUGACAAAUUAAUUGAUAAAGAUAAUUACACAGAAAAAGAAGCUUAAGAAAUAUUUUUAUAAAUCAUUUAAGCUAUUAAUUAUUGCCAUUUUCAUGGAAUAUGUCAUCGAGACCUUAAACCAGAACACAUAUUAUUCCUAGAUAAAACACCUAAUUCACCAAUAAAGGUUAUAGGUUUUGAGGAUAGUGUAUUUUUCCAUGAUAAUGCAUACAAAACAAAAGAUGGUAAGACACAGAUAACAAAAAAGAUAGGAACAGUAUGAUAAUAAUAUUUAAAAUAGCCUUAUUAUAUAGCACCAGAAGUUUUAGGGGGAAAAUAUGAUGAAGUUUGUGAUAUAUGGUCAGCUGGAGUGAUUUUGUAUAUUUUAUUGACUGGAGAUGUCCCUUUUAAUGGAACAUCUGAAUAAGAGAUUUUAAAAGUAGUUAAGUCUGGUAUUUAUAAUAUGGAAAUUCCUAAAUUUAAAGAAAUUUCUAAUGAUUGUAAAGAUUUAAUAUCAAAAAUGUUAAUCCAAUCAGAUCAAAGAUUAAAAGCUGAAUAAGUAUUAAAACAUCCUUGGCUAAUUUAAUUAUAUCAUUUGAUUUACCCUUUUAAAUGA